AUGGGAGUGAGGAAUCAGACACAGGUGGUGGAAUUUGUCUUCCUGGGUUUCUCUGGCAUUCCAAACAGCCACAUCUACCUCUUCCUACCAUUCCUAGCCAUUUACUUGGUCACUGUACUGGGGAACCUCAUGAUAUUUACUCUCAUACAAUUGGAUUCCAGCCUCCAGAGCCCCAUGUAUUACUUCCUCAGCCAUCUCUCCUGCUUAGAUAUUUGCCUCUCCUCCGUCACAGUCCCCAAGAUCCUGGUGAACUUCUUGCGCCAGCAACAGACCAUCACCUACAACCAGUGCCUGGCCCAGAUGUUCUUCCUGAUGUCUUUCACAGGGACAGAGGCCGCGUUGCUGGGUGUCAUGGCCUAUGACCGCUAUGCCGCCAUCUGCAAGCCUUUGCAUUACUCCCACCUUAUGAACACCAAGGUGUGCGCCAUUUUAGCUUUUCCCACCUGGGUCUGGGGCUUCCUAGACUCUGCUUUCCAUGCAGCUCUCAGCUCCAAGUUGCACUUUUGUGGAGUCAACCAGAUUCAUCACAUCUUCUGUGAUCUCCCCCCACUGGCGAAAAUUUCUUGCAGUGAUGCACAUAUCAACGAACUGGCAAUCAGCAUAGCAAGCUUUUUGGUGGGUGGGGUUCCCUUCCUGUUCACGAUCCUCUCC